UAUGUCAGCCUCCAUGGAUGACGAUAUUUGUAAAAAGGGCACAACUGAACAGGGCGCCAAGGACUCAAAUAGCUGGACUCAUUAUGUAUUAGGACUGGGAUUUACCUUUGUCAUAGCGGCAGGAGUUACAAACUAUAGAACCGUAAAAAAGGAAGUCCGAUACUUGGAGAAAAGCACUGACCCUCUUCACUAUGAAAAGUUGCAGUUAAAGUCCCAGCGAUUAGCAUCGAAGGCCCUGGCGCUUGCCACCGUGGUCACAGUUCCAACCAUAGGACUUCUUGUGCUGGGUGUCUUCAAACUCAUGGGAGUGAACAAUUUAAAAGAGUUUAAAACAAGGCUUAAUGAGUACUUUCCGAAGAAACCAUCCCAGGGCAGAACUGAGUUUGAAAACUUGAAAGAGCUUGCAGAUUAUCUGGUGAGCGAGGACAGAAAAGUCGAGGUACGGAGGAAGAAAGGGCACCAUGAUGACUCUGGAGGGAUUGGGAAGGGGCCACUUGACAAAUCCUGAUGUUAUUGAAGUAUAUACUUUAAAAUGUUAACUUUGUGAGGUUUUAUUUGCAGAAUUAUUUGUGAUUGCAAAUUUCACCGAUAAUAUGAAAAUGCUAUCCUAUAGAGAGAAGUGGUUCAUAUCAUGGUGUUGCAUACUCAACUUUGUGGAAAUGACAAAGACGAAGUAGUGAUACCAAUCCUCAUGAAUUAUAAGUAGUCUAUAGAAGUGAAAAUAACUGAUGUGCCUACUACAUGUUAUGAUGUACAUGUAGAUUAUGUUGACUGCAGUGCCCAAGUGCUCCAUUGUCAUGCAGGAGGUUCAAUACGGACAAAUACAGACCUGUGAACCUGUGAUAUGCAUUGCAGAACUUGUUAAGAAUUGACUACCCAGCUGUGAUCAAUUAUGUAUAUAUGUGUUUAUUAUGUUUUUGAUUUUCUCACAGACUUGUGCUAAAGUGUUGCAUUGAAGACAAUUUGUUAGUGAAAGUGUUUUACCUGUGCUCAUGAUUUUUGAGACUAGUAGAGAAUUGUAAGAGUUGUAUUAAAAAGAUGAAUUGAAUUUCUGCGAUGGAAUAGAUGUUUAAAUGUCAAGUGUAAAUUAAAUGGAUGAAACAGGAAAAAAUAUCAAAGAAAUAUUGUAAGGAAGUUGUUAUUUAUUAAUAAGGUAUAGUUCAUUGAGAUUUAUAUUGAUGUGACUAAAUUUGUUUGUAUUAUGUAAUACAUGUAUAGUGUU